AUGCUAGGCAAAGCGCAAAUCCCGGCGGGAUUAACGGGAUCCAGCCCGUCCCCCAAUUCAGUAGAACACAGCUUGAUUCGAAGCGAGGAGAAGCGGGAGGCCGAUGGCGACUGCAGUGGCAGCGACGAUGACGUGGAAAGCGUGGGGGAUGACGUGUACGUCGGACACCGCCAUAAACAGCCUCGCCGCUCGAUCCUAUCGGGACGGCUGGGGACGUUCGCAGCAAUGGUCAUGGCGAUCGCGUUCUUCUCAGGUCAGCUUUUUGCCACCCAGCCUCCGCAGGCUGCUCAGCCUGCUCAUCCUGCUCAGCCUACCCUUCCAAAGUCCCCUAACCAAGUCGUCCUGGGGUUCGCUCUCGCCAUCUUCCUCACGUCGCACUCGCACACCUCCUGCUCCGCGUUUGAUGGGGGCGGGGGACCUCCGCCGUCCCCCACAGGCGCGCUGGGAGGGCAGCCCAUGGUGAUCCUCGUGUCCUUUGAUGGGUUCAGGCACGGGUACCAUCUCAAAGCCGACACACCGAAUUUGAACAGGAUGCUUGCAGAAGGUACCUUUGCCGAGCAUGGAAUGCUGCCGGUCUUCCCCUCGCUCACCUUCCCCUCGCACCAUUCCAUGGCAACCGGCCUCCUCCCCGCAUCGCAUGGCAUCAUCGCCAACAAGUUCCGCCUCCCCUCCAACCACAGCGACGUGUUCUCGCCCGGGAAUGUGGAACCCAGAUGGUGGCUGGGCGAACCCAUCUGGACCACUGUGAACCGCCAGGGCUUGCGGGCGGCGACUGUGUUCUGGCCGGGCUCUGACGUGUCGCGACCCGAUUGGCCGUGCCCGUCUGACUACUGCCUGCAAUACAACGAGUCCAUGCCUUUUGAAGAGGUGAGUGCUAGAGAAAAGCCCGAUGAGAGUGGGCACCUGGGAGGCAUGGCAUGUCCUACUCUUUCCAACCCAUCAUGUCCUACUCUUUCCAACCCAUCAUGUCCUACUCUUUCCAACCCAUCAUGUCCUACUCUUUCCAACCCAUCAUGUCCUACUCUUUCCAACCCAUCAUGUCCUACUCUUUCCAACCCAGCAUGUCCUACUCUUUCCAACCCAUCAUGUCCUACUCUUUCCAACCCAUCAUGUCCUACUCUUUCCAACCCAUCAUGUCCUACUCUUUCCAACCCAUCAUGUCCUACUCUUUCCAACCCAUCAUGUCCUACUCUUUCCAACCCAUCAUGUCCUACUCUUUCCAACCCAUCAUGUCCUACUCUUUCCAACCCAUCAUGUCCUACUCUUUCCAACCCAUCAUGUCCUACUCUUUCCAACCCAUCAUGUCCUACUCUUUCCAACCCAUCAUGUCCUACUCUUUCCAACCCAUCAUGUCCUACUCUUUCCAACCCAUCAUGUCCUACUCUUUCCAACCCAUCAUGUCCUACUCUUUCCAACCCAUCAUGUCCUACUCUUUCCAACCCAUCAUGUCCUACUCUUUCCAACCCAUCAUGUCCUACUCUUUCCAACCCAUCAUGUCCUACUCUUUCCAACCCAUCAUGUCCUACUCUUUCCAACCCAUCAUGUCCUACUCUUUCCAACCCAUCAUGUCCUACUCUUUCCAACCCAUCAUGUCCUACUCUUUCCAACCCAUCAUGUCCUACUCUUUCCAACCCAUCAUGUCCUACUCUUUCCAACCCAUCAUGUCCUACUCUUUCCAACCCAUCAUGUCCUACUCUUUCCAACCCAUCAUGUCCUACUCUUUCCAACCCAUCAUGUCCUACUCUUUCCAACCCAUCAUGUCCUACUCUUUCCAACCCAUCAUGUCCUACUCUUUCCAACCCAUCAUGUCCUACUCUUUCCAACCCAUCAUGUCCUACUCUUUCCAACCCAUCAUGUCCUACUCUUUCCAACCCAUCAUGUCCUACUCUUUCCAACCCAUCAUGUCCUACUCUUUCCAACCCAUCAUGUCCUACUCUUUCCAACCCAUCAUGUCCUACUCUUUCCAACCCAUCAUGUCCUACUCUUUCCAACCCAUCAUGUCCUACUCUUUCCAACCCAUCAUGUCCUACUCUUUCCAACCCAUCAUGUCCUACUCUUUCCAACCCAUCAUGUCCUACUCUUUCCAACCCAUCAUGUCCUACUCUUUCCAACCCAUCAUGUCCUACUCUUUCCAACCCAUCAUGUCCUACUCUUUCCAACCCAUCAUGUCCUACUCUUUCCAACCCAUCAUGUCCUACUCUUUCCAACCCAUCAUGUCCUACUCUUUCCAACCCAUCAUGUCCUACUCUUUCCAACCCAUCAUGUCCUACUCUUUCCAACCCAUCAUGUCCUACUCUUUCCAACCCAUCAUGUCCUACUCUUUCCAACCCAUCAUGUCCUACUCUUUCCAACCCAUCAUGUCCUACUCUUUCCAACCCAUCAUGUCCUACUCUUUCCAACCCAUCAUGUCCUACUCUUUCCAACCCAUCAUGUCCUACUCUUUCCAACCCAUCAUGUCCUACUCUUUCCAACCCAUCAUGUCCUACUCUUUCCAACCCAUCAUGUCCUACUCUUUCCAACCCAUCAUGUCCUACUCUUUCCAACCCAUCAUGUCCUACUCUUUCCAACCCAUCAUGUCCUACUCUUUCCAACCCAUCAUGUCCUACUCUUUCCAACCCAUCAUGUCCUACUCUUUCCAACCCAUCAUGUCCUACUCUUUCCAACCCAUCAUGUCCUACUCUUUCCAACCCAUCAUGUCCUACUCUUUCCAACCCAUCAUGUCCUACUCUUUCCAACCCAUCAUGUCCUACUCUUUCCAACCCAUCAUGUCCUACUCUUUCCAACCCAUCAUGUCCUACUCUUUCCAACCCAUCAUGUCCUACUCUUUCCAACCCAUCAUGUCCUACUCUUUCCAACCCAUCAUGUCCUACUCUUUCCAACCCAUCAUGUCCUACUCUUUCCAACCCAUCAUGUCCUACUCUUUCCAACCCAUCAUGUCCUACUCUUUCCAACCCAUCAUGUCCUACUCUUUCCAACCCAUCAUGUCCUACUCUUUCCAACCCAUCAUGUCCUACUCUUUCCAACCCAUCAUGUCCUACUCUUUCCAACCCAUCAUGUCCUACUCUUUCCAACCCAUCAUGUCCUACUCUUUCCAACCCAUCAUGUCCUACUCUUUCCAACCCAUCAUGUCCUACUCUUUCCAACCCAUCAUGUCCUACUCUUUCCAACCCAUCAUGUCCUACUCUUUCCAACCCAUCAUGUCCUACUCUUUCCAACCCAUCAUGUCCUACUCUUUCCAACCCAUCAUGUCCUACUCUUUCCAACCCAUCAUGUCCUACUCUUUCCAACCCAUCAUGUCCUACUCUUUCCAACCCAUCAUGUCCUACUCUUUCCAACCCAUCAUGUCCUACUCUUUCCAACCCAUCAUGUCCUACUCUUUCCAACCCAUCAUGUCCUACUCUUUCCAACCCAUCAUGUCCUACUCUUUCCAACCCAUCAUGUCCUACUCUUUCCAACCCAUCAUGUCCUACUCUUUCCAACCCAUCAUGUCCUACUCUUUCCAACCCAUCAUGUCCUACUCUUUCCAACCCAUCAUGUCCUACUCUUUCCAACCCAUCAUGUCCUACUCUUUCCAACCCAUCAUGUCCUACUCUUUCCAACCCAUCAUGUCCUACUCUUUCCAACCCAUCAUGUCCUACUCUUUCCAACCCAUCAUGUCCUACUCUUUCCAACCCAUCAUGUCCUACUCUUUCCAACCCAUCAUGUCCUACUCUUUCCAACCCAUCAUGUCCUACUCUUUCCAACCCAUCAUGUCCUACUCUUUCCAACCCAUCAUGUCCUACUCUUUCCAACCCAUCAUGUCCUACUCUUUCCAACCCAUCAUGUCCUACUCUUUCCAACCCAUCAUGUCCUACUCUUUCCAACCCAUCAUGUCCUACUCUUUCCAACCCAUCAUGUCCUACUCUUUCCAACCCAUCAUGUCCUACUCUUUCCAACCCAUCAUGUCCUACUCUUUCCAACCCAUCAUGUCCUACUCUUUCCAACCCAUCAUGUCCUACUCUUUCCAACCCAUCAUGUCCUACUCUUUCCAACCCAUCAUGUCCUACUCUUUCCAACCCAUCAUGUCCUACUCUUUCCAACCCAUCAUGUCCUACUCUUUCCAACCCAUCAUGUCCUACUCUUUCCAACCCAUCAUGUCCUACUCUUUCCAACCCAUCAUGUCCUACUCUUUCCAACCCAUCAUGUCCUACUCUUUCCAACCCAUCAUGUCCUACUCUUUCCAACCCAUCAUGUCCUACUCUUUCCAACCCAUCAUGUCCUACUCUUUCCAACCCAUCAUGUCCUACUCUUUCCAACCCAUCAUGUCCUACUCUUUCCAACCCAUCAUGUCCUACUCUUUCCAACCCAUCAUGUCCUACUCUUUCCAACCCAUCAUGUCCUACUCUUUCCAACCCAUCAUGUCCUACUCUUUCCAACCCAUCAUGUCCUACUCUUUCCAACCCAUCAUGUCCUACUCUUUCCAACCCAUCAUGUCCUACUCUUUCCAACCCAUCAUGUCCUACUCUUUCCAACCCAUCAUGUCCUACUCUUUCCAACCCAUCAUGUCCUACUCUUUCCAACCCAUCAUGUCCUACUCUUUCCAACCCAUCAUGUCCUACUCUUUCCAACCCAUCAUGUCCUACUCUUUCCAACCCAUCAUGUCCUACUCUUUCCAACCCAUCAUGUCCUACUCUUUCCAACCCAUCAUGUCCUACUCUUUCCAACCCAUCAUGUCCUACUCUUUCCAACCCAUCAUGUCCUACUCUUUCCAACCCAUCAUGUCCUACUCUUUCCAACCCAUCAUGUCCUACUCUUUCCAACCCAUCAUGUCCUACUCUUUCCAACCCAUCAUGUCCUACUCUUUCCAACCCAUCAUGUCCUACUCUUUCCAACCCAUCAUGUCCUACUCUUUCCAACCCAUCAUGUCCUACUCUUUCCAACCCAUCAUGUCCUACUCUUUCCAACCCAUCAUGUCCUACUCUUUCCAACCCAUCAUGUCCUACUCUUUCCAACCCAUCAUGUCCUACUCUUUCCAACCCAUCAUGUCCUACUCUUUCCAACCCAUCAUGUCCUACUCUUUCCAACCCAUCAUGUCCUACUCUUUCCAACCCAUCAUGUCCUACUCUUUCCAACCCAUCAUGUCCUACUCUUUCCAACCCAUCAUGUCCUACUCUUUCCAACCCAUCAUGUCCUACUCUUUCCAACCCAUCAUGUCCUACUCUUUCCAACCCAUCAUGUCCUACUCUUUCCAACCCAUCAUGUCCUACUCUUUCCAACCCAUCAUGUCCUACUCUUUCCAACCCAUCAUGUCCUACUCUUUCCAACCCAUCAUGUCCUACUCUUUCCAACCCAUCAUGUCCUACUCUUUCCAACCCAUCAUGUCCUACUCUUUCCAACCCAUCAUGUCCUACUCUUUCCAACCCAUCAUGUCCUACUCUUUCCAACCCAUCAUGUCCUACUCUUUCCAACCCAUCAUGUCCUACUCUUUCCAACCCAUCAUGUCCUACUCUUUCCAACCCAUCAUGUCCUACUCUUUCCAACCCAUCAUGUCCUACUCUUUCCAACCCAUCAUGUCCUACUCUUUCCAACCCAUCAUGUCCUACUCUUUCCAACCCAUCAUGUCCUACUCUUUCCAACCCAUCAUGUCCUACUCUUUCCAACCCAUCAUGUCCUACUCUUUCCAACCCAUCAUGUCCUACUCUUUCCAACCCAUCAUGUCCUACUCUUUCCAACCCAUCAUGUCCUACUCUUUCCAACCCAUCAUGUCCUACUCUUUCCAACCCAUCAUGUCCUACUCUUUCCAACCCAGCAUGUCCUACUCUUUCCAACCCAUCAUGUCCUACUCUUUCCAACCCAUCAUGUCCUACUCUUUCCAACCCAUCAUGUCCUACUCUUUCCAACCCAUCAUGUCCUACUCUUUCCAACCCAUCAUGUCCUACUCUUUCCAACCCAUCAUGUCCUACUCUUUCCAACCCAUCAUGUCCUACUCUUUCCAACCCAUCAUGUCCUACUCUUUCCAACCCAUCAUGUCCUACUCUUUCCAACCCAUCAUGUCCUACUCUUUCCAACCCAUCAUGUCCUACUCUUUCCAACCCAUCAUGUCCUACUCUUUCCAACCCAUCAUGUCCUACUCUUUCCAACCCAUCAUGUCCUACUCUUUCCAACCCAUCAUGUCCUACUCUUUCCAACCCAUCAUGUCCUACUCUUUCCAACCCAUCAUGUCCUACUCUUUCCAACCCAUCAUGUCCUACUCUUUCCAACCCAUCAUGUCCUACUCUUUCCAACCCAGCAUGUCCUACUCUUUCCAACCCAGCAUGUCCUACUCUUUCCAACCCAGCAUGUCCUACUCUUUCCAACCCAUCAUGUCCUACUCUUUCCAACCCAUCAUGUCCUACUCUUUCCAACCCAUCAUGUCCUACUCUUUCCAACCCAUCAUGUCCUACUCUUUCCAACCCAUCAUGUCCUACUCUUUCCAACCCAUCAUGUCCUACUCUUUCCAACCCAUCAUGUCCUACUCUUUCCAACCCAUCAUGUCCUACUCUUUCCAACCCAUCAUGUCCUACUCUUUCCAACCCAUCAUGUCCUACUCUUUCCAACCCAUCAUGUCCUACUCUUUCCAACCCAGCAUGUCCUACUCUUUCCAACCCAUCAUGUCCUACUCUUUCCAACCCAUCAUGUCCUACUCUUUCCAACCCAUCAUGUCCUACUCUUUCCAACCCAUCAUGUCCUACUCUUUCCAACCCAUCAUGUCCUACUCUUUCCAACCCAUCAUGUCCUACUCUUUCCAACCCAUCAUGUCCUACUCUUUCCAACCCAUCAUGUCCUACUCUUUCCAACCCAUCAUGUCCUACUCUUUCCAACCCAUCAUGUCCUACUCUUUCCAACCCAUCAUGUCCUACUCUUUCCAACCCAUCAUGUCCUACUCUUUCCAACCCAUCAUGUCCUACUCUUUCCAACCCAUCAUGUCCUACUCUUUCCAACCCAUCAUGUCCUACUCUUUCCAACCCAUCAUGUCCUACUCUUUCCAACCCAUCAUGUCCUACUCUUUCCAACCCAUCAUGUCCUACUCUUUCCAACCCAUCAUGUCCUACUCUUUCCAACCCAGCAUGUCCUACUCUUUCCAACCCAUCAUGUCCUACUCUUUCCAACCCAUCAUGUCCUACUCUUUCCAACCCAUCAUGUCCUACUCUUUCCAACCCAUCAUGUCCUACUCUUUCCAACCCAUCAUGUCCUACUCUUUCCAACCCAUCAUGUCCUACUCUUUCCAACCCAUCAUGUCCUACUCUUUCCAACCCAUCAUGUCCUACUCUUUCCAACCCAUCAUGUCCUACUCUUUCCAACCCAUCAUGUCCUACUCUUUCCAACCCAUCAUGUCCUACUCUUUCCAACCCAUCAUGUCCUACUCUUUCCAACCCAUCAUGUCCUACUCUUUCCAACCCAUCAUGUCCUACUCUUUCCAACCCAUCAUGUCCUACUCUUUCCAACCCAUCAUGUCCUACUCUUUCCAACCCAUCAUGUCCUACUCUUUCCAACCCAUCAUGUCCUACUCUUUCCAACCCAUCAUGUCCUACUCUUUCCAACCCAUCAUGUCCUACUCUUUCCAACCCAUCAUGUCCUACUCUUUCCAACCCAUCAUGUCCUACUCUUUCCAACCCAUCAUGUCCUACUCUUUCCAACCCAUCAUGUCCUACUCUUUCCAACCCAUCAUGUCCUACUCUUUCCAACCCAUCAUGUCCUACUCUUUCCAACCCAUCAUGUCCUACUCUUUCCAACCCAUCAUGUCCUACUCUUUCCAACCCAUCAUGUCCUACUCUUUCCAACCCAUCAUGUCCUACUCUUUCCAACCCAUCAUGUCCUACUCUUUCCAACCCAUCAUGUCCUACUCUUUCCAACCCAUCAUGUCCUACUCUUUCCAACCCAUCAUGUCCUACUCUUUCCAACCCAUCAUGUCCUACUCUUUCCAACCCAUCAUGUCCUACUCUUUCCAACCCAUCAUGUCCUACUCUUUCCAACCCAUCAUGUCCUACUCUUUCCAACCCAUCAUGUCCUACUCUUUCCAACCCAUCAUGUCCUACUCUUUCCAACCCAUCAUGUCCUACUCUUUCCAACCCAUCAUGUCCUACUCUUUCCAACCCAUCAUGUCCUACUCUUUCCAACCCAUCAUGUCCUACUCUUUCCAACCCAUCAUGUCCUACUCUUUCCAACCCAUCAUGUCCUACUCUUUCCAACCCAUCAUGUCCUACUCUUUCCAACCCAUCAUGUCCUACUCUUUCCAACCCAGCAUGUCCUACUCUUUCCAACCCAUCAUGUCCUACUCUUUCCAACCCAUCAUGUCCUACUCUUUCCAACCCAUCAUGUCCUACUCUUUCCAACCCAUCAUGUCCUACUCUUUCCAACCCAUCAUGUCCUACUCUUUCCAACCCAUCAUGUCCUACUCUUUCCAACCCAUCAUGUCCUACUCUUUCCAACCCAUCAUGUCCUACUCUUUCCAACCCAUCAUGUCCUACUCUUUCCAACCCAUCAUGUCCUACUCUUUCCAACCCAUCAUGUCCUACUCUUUCCAACCCAUCAUGUCCUACUCUUUCCAACCCAUCAUGUCCUACUCUUUCCAACCCAUCAUGUCCUACUCUUUCCAACCCAUCAUGUCCUACUCUUUCCAACCCAUCAUGUCCUACUCUUUCCAACCCAUCAUGUCCUACUCUUUCCAACCCAUCAUGUCCUACUCUUUCCAACCCAUCAUGUCCUACUCUUUCCAACCCAUCAUGUCCUACUCUUUCCAACCCAUCAUGUCCUACUCUUUCCAACCCAUCAUGUCCUACUCUUUCCAACCCAUCAUGUCCUACUCUUUCCAACCCAUCAUGUCCUACUCUUUCCAACCCAUCAUGUCCUACUCUUUCCAACCCAUCAUGUCCUACUCUUUCCAACCCAUCAUGUCCUACUCUUUCCAACCCAUCAUGUCCUACUCUUUCCAACCCAUCAUGUCCUACUCUUUCCAACCCAUCAUGUCCUACUCUUUCCAACCCAUCAUGUCCUACUCUUUCCAACCCAUCAUGUCCUACUCUUUCCAACCCAUCAUGUCCUACUCUUUCCAACCCAUCAUGUCCUACUCUUUCCAACCCAUCAUGUCCUACUCUUUCCAACCCAUCAUGUCCUACUCUUUCCAACCCAUCAUGUCCUACUCUUUCCAACCCAUCAUCAUGUCCUACUCUUUCCAACCCAUCAUGUCCUACUCUUUCCAACCCAUCAUGUCCUACUCUUUCCAACCCAUCAUGUCCUACUCUUUCCAACCCAUCAUGUCCUACUCUUUCCAACCCAUCAUGUCCUACUCUUUCCAACCCAUCAUGUCCUACUCCUUUCCAACCCAUCAUGUCCUACUCUUUCCAACCCAUCAUGUCCUACUCUUUCCAACCCAUCAUGUCCUACUCUUUCCAACCCAUCAUGUCCUACUCUUUCCAACCCAUCAUGUCCUACUCUUUCCAACCCAUCAUGUCCUACUCUUUCCAACCCAUCAUGUCCUACUCUUUCCAACCCAUCAUGUCCUACUCUUUCCAACCAGCAUGUCCUACUCUUUCCAACCCAUCAUGUCCUACUCUUUCCAACCCAUCAUGUCCUACUCUUUCCAACCCAUCAUGUCCUACUCUUUCCAACCCAUCAUGUCCUACUCUUUCCAACCCAUCAUGUCCUACUCUUUCCAACCCAUCAUGUCCUACUCUUUCCAACCCAUCAUGUCCUACUCUUUCCAACCCAUCAUGUCCUACUCUUUCCAACCCAGCAUGUCCUACUCUUUCCAACCCAGCAUGUCCUACUCUUUCCAACCAUCAGUCCUACUCUUUCCAACCCAUCAUGUCCUACUCUUUCCAACCCAUCAUGUCCUACUCUUUCCAACCCAUCAUGUCCUACUCUUUCCAACCCAUCAUGUCCUACUCUUUCCAACCCAUCAUGUCCUACUCUUUCCAACCCAUCAUGUCCUACUCUUUCCAACCCAUCAUGUCCUACUCUUUCCAACCCAUCAUGUCCUACUCUUUCCAACCCAUCAUGUCCUACUCUUUCCAACCCAUCAUGUCCUACUCUUUCCAACCCAUCAUGUCCUACUCUUUCCAACCCAUCAUGUCCUACUCUUUCCAACCCAUCAUGUCCUACUCUUUCCAACCCAUCAUGUCCUACUCUUUCCAACCCAUCAUGUCCUACUCUUUCCAACCCAUCAUGUCCUACUCUUUCCAACCCAUCAUGUCCUACUCUUUCCAACCCAUCAUGUCCUACUCUUUCCAACCCAUCAUGUCCUACUCUUUCCAACCCAUCAUGUCCUACUCUUUCCAACCCAUCAUGUCCUACUCUUUCCAACCCAUCAUGUCCUACUCUUUCCAACCCAUCAUGUCCUACUCUUUCCAACCCAUCAGUCCUACCUUCCAACCCAUCAUGUCCUACUCUUUCCAACCCAUCAUGUCCUACUCUUUCCAACCCAUCAUGUCCUACUCUUUCCAACCCAUCAUGUCCUACUCUUCCAACCCAUCAUGUCCUACUCUUUCCAACCCAUCAUGUCCUACUCUUUCCAACCCAUCAUGUCCUACUCUUUCCAACCCAUCAUGUCCUACUCUUUCCAACCCAUCAUGUCCUACUCUUUCCAACCCAUCAUGUCCUACUCUUUCCAACCCAUCAUGUCCUACUCUUUCCAACCCAUCAUGUCCUACUCUUUCCAACCCAUCAUGUCCUACUCUUUCCAACCCAUCAUGUCCUACUCUUUCCAACCCAUCAUGUCCUACUCUUUCCAACCCAUCAUGUCCUACUCUUUCCAACCCAUCAUGUCCUACUCUUUCCAACCCAUCAUGUCCUACUCUUUCCAACCCAUCAUGUCCUACUCUUUCCAACCCAUCAUGUCCUACUCUUUCCAACCCAGCAUGUCCUACUCUUUCCAACCCAGCAUGUCCUACUCUUUCCAACCCAUCAUGUCCUACUCUUUCCAACCCAUCAUGUCCUACUCUUUCCAACCCAUCAUGUCCUACUCUUUCCAACCCAUCAUGUCCUACUCUUUCCAACCCAUCAUGUCCUACUCUUUCCAACCCAUCAUGUCCUACUCUUUCCAACCCAUCAUGUCCUACUCUUUCCAACCCAUCAUGUCCUACUCUUUCCAACCCAUCAUGUCCUACUCUUUCCAACCCAUCAUGUCCUACUCUUUCCAACCCAUCAUGUCCUACUCUUUCCAACCCAUCAUGUCCUACUCUUUCCAACCCAUCAUGUCCUACUCUUUCCAACCCAUCAUGUCCUACUCUUUCCAACCCAUCAUGUCCUACUCUUUCCAACCCAUCAUGUCCUCAUCAUGUCCUACUCUUUCCAACCCAUCAUGUCCUAACUCUUUCCAACCCAUCAUGUCCUACUCUUUCCAACCCAUCAUGUCCUACUCUUUCCAACCCAUCAUGUCCUACUCUUUCCAACCCAUCAUGUCCUACUCUUUCCAACCCAUCAUGUCCUACUCUUUCCAACCCAUCAUGUCCUACUCUUUCCAACCCAUCAUGUCCUACUCUUUCCAACCCAUCAUGUCCUACUCUUUCCAACCCAUCAUGUCCUACUCUUUCCAACCCAGCAUGUCCUACUCUUUCCAACCCAUCAUGUCCUACUCUUUCCAACCCAUCAUGUCCUACUCUUUCCAACCCAUCAUGUCCUACUCUUUCCAACCCAUCAUGUCCUACUCUUUCCAACCCAUCAUGUCCUACUCUUUCCAACCCAUCAUGUCCUACUCUUUCCAACCCAUCAUGUCCUACUCUUUCCAACCCAUCAUGUCCUACUCUUUCCAACCCAUCAUGUCCUACUCUUUCCAACCCAUCAUGUCCUACUCUUUCCAACCCAUCAUGUCCUACUCUUUCCAACCCAGCAUGUCCUACUCUUUCCAACCCAGCAUGUCCUACUCUUUCCAACCCAGCAUGUCCUACUCUUUCCAACCCAGCAUGUCCUACUCUUUCCAACCCAUCAUGUCCUACUCUUUCCAACCCAUCAUGUCCUACUCUUUCCAACCCAUCAUGUCCUACUCUUUCCAACCCAUCAUGUCCUACUCUUUCCAACCCAUCAUGUCCUACUCUUUCCAACCCAUCAUGUCCUACUCUUUCCAACCCAUCAUGUCCUACUCUUUCCAACCCAUCAUGUCCUACUCUUUCCAACCCAUCAUGUCCUACUCUUUCCAACCCAUCAUGUCCUACUCUUUCCAACCCAUCAUGUCCUACUCUUUCCAACCCAUCAUGUCCUACUCUUUCCAACCCAUCAUCAUGUCCUACUCUUUCCAACCCAGCAUGUCCUACUCUUUCCAACCCAGCAUGUCCUACUCUUUCCAACCCAGCAUGUCCUACUCUUUCCAACCCAGCAUGUCCUACUCUUUCCAACCCAGCAUGUCCUACUCUUUCCAACCCAGCAUGUCCUACUCUUUCCAACCCAGCAUGUCCUACUCUUUCCAACCCAUCAUGUCCUACUCUUUCCAACCCAUCAUGUCCUACUCUUUCCAACCCAUCAUGUCCUACUCUUUCCAACCCAUCAUGUCCUACUCUUUCCAACCCAUCAUGUCCUACUCUUUCCAACCCAUCAUGUCCUACUCUUUCCAACCCAUCAUGUCCUACUCUUUCCAACCCAUCAUGUCCUACUCUUUCCAACCCAUCAUGUCCUACUCUUUCCAACCCAUCAUGUCCUACUCUUUCCAACCCAUCAUGUCCUACUCUUUCCAACCCAUCAUGUCCUACUCUUUCCAACCCAUCAUGUCCUACUCUUUCCAACCCAGCAUGUCCUACUCUUUCCAACCCAUCAUGUCCUACUCUUUCCAACCCAUCAUGUCCUACUCUUUCCAACCCAUCAUGUCCUACUCUUUCCAACCCAGCAUGUCCUACUCUUUCCAACCCAGCAUGUCCUACUCUUUCCAACCCAGCAUGUCCUACUCUUUCCAACCCAGCAUGUCCUACUCUUUCCAACCCAUCAUGUCCUACUCUUUCCAACCCAUCAUGUCCUACUCUUUCCAACCCAUCAUGUCCUACUCUUUCCAACCCAUCAUGUCCUACUCUUUCCAACCCAUCAUGUCCUACUCUUUCCAACCCAUCAUGUCCUACUCUUUCCAACCCAUCAUGUCCUACUCUUUCCAACCCAUCAUGUCCUACUCUUUCCAACCCAUCAUGUCCUACUCUUUCCAACCCAUCAUGUCCUACUCUUUCCAACCCAUCAUGUCCUACUCUUUCCAACCCAUCAUGUCCUACUCUUUCCAACCCAUCAUGUCCUACUCUUUCCAACCCAUCAUGUCCUACUCUUUCCAACCCAUCAUGUCCUACUCUUUCCAACCCAGCAUGUCCUACUCUUUCCAACCCAUCAUGUCCUACUCUUUCCAACCCAUCAUGUCCUACUCUUUCCAACCCAUCAUGUCCUACUCUUUCCAACCCAGCAUGUCCUACUCUUUCCAACCCAGCAUGUCCUACUCUUUCCAACCCAGCAUGUCCUACUCUUUCCAACCCAGCAUGUCCUACUCUUUCCAACCCAUCAUGUCCUACUCUUUCCAACCCAGCAUGUCCUACUCUUUCCAACCCAGCAUGUCCUACUCUUUCCAACCCAUCAUGUCCUACUCUUUCCAACCCAUCAUGUCCUACUCUUUCCAACCCAUCAUGUCCUACUCUUUCCAACCCAUCAUGUCCUACUCUUUCCAACCCAUCAUGUCCUACUCUUUCCAACCCAGCAUGUCCUACUCUUUCCAACCCAUCAUGUCCUACUCUUUCCAACCCAUCAUGUCCUACUCUUUCCAACCCAUCAUGUCCUACUCUUUCCAACCCAUCAUGUCCUACUCUUUCCAACCCAUCAUGUCCUACUCUUUCCAACCCAUCAUGUCCUACUCUUUCCAACCCAGCAUGUCCUACUCUUUCCAACCCAGCAUGUCCUACUCUUUCCAACCCAGCAUGUCCUACUCUUUCCAACCCAGCAUGUCCUACUCUUUCCAACCCAGCAUGUCCUACUCUUUCCAACCCAGCAUGUCCUACUCUUUCCAACCCAGCAUGUCCUACUCUUUCCAACCCAGCAUGUCCUACUCUUUCCAACCCAGCAUGUCCUACUCUUUCCAACCCAUCAUGUCCUACUCUUUCCAACCCAUCAUGUCCUACUCUUUCCAACCCAUCAUGUCCUACUCUUUCCAACCCAUCAUGUCCUACUCUUUCCAACCCAUCAUGUCCUACUCUUUCCAACCCAUCAUGUCCUACUCUUUCCAACCCAGCAUGUCCUACUCUUUCCAACCCAGCAUGUCCUACUCUUUCCAACCCAUCAUGUCCUACUCUUUCCAACCCAUCAUGUCCUACUCUUUCCAACCCAUCAUGUCCUACUCUUUCCAACCCAUCAUGUCCUACUCUUUCCAACCCAUCAUGUCCUACUCUUUCCAACCCAUCAUGUCCUACUCUUUCCAACCCAGCAUGUCCUACUCUUUCCAACCCAGCAUGUCCUACUCUUUCCAACCCAGCAUGUCCUACUCUUUCCAACCCAGCAUGUCCUACUCUUUCCAACCCAUCAUGUCCUACUCUUUCCAACCCAUCAUCAUGUCCUACUCUUUCCAACCCAGCAUGUCCUACUCUUUCCAACCCAGCAUGUCCUACUCUUUCCAACCCAUCAUGUCCUACUCUUUCCAACCCAUCAUGUCCUACUCUUUCCAACCCAUCAUGUCCUACUCUUUCCAACCCAUCAUGUCCUACUCUUUCCAACCCAUCAUGUCCUACUCUUUCCAACCCAUCAUGUCCUACUCUUUCCAACCCAGCAUGUCCUACUCUUUCCAACCCAUCAUGUCCUACUCUUUCCAACCCAUCAUGUCCUACUCUUUCCAACCCAGCAUGUCCUACUCUUUCCAACCCAUCAUGUCCUACUCUUUCCAACCCAGCAUGUCCUACUCUUUCCAACCCAGCAUGUCCUACUCUUUCCAACCCAGCAUGUCCUACUCUUUCCAACCCAUCAUGUCCUACUCUUUCCAACCCAUCAUGUCCUACUCUUUCCAACCCAGCAUGUCCUACUCUUUCCAACCCAGCAUGUCCUACUCUUUCCAACCCAGCAUGUCCUACUCUUUCCAACCCAGCAUGUCCUACUCUUUCCAACCCAGCAUGUCCUACUCUUUCCAACCCAUCAUGUCCUACUCUUUCCAACCCAUCAUGUCCUACUCUUUCCAACCCAUCAUGUCCUACUCUUUCCAACCCAUCAUGUCCUACUCUUUCCAACCCAUCAUGUCCUACUCUUUCCAACCCAGCAUGUCCUACUCUUUCCAACCCAUCAUGUCCUACUCUUUCCAACCCAUCAUGUCCUACUCUUUCCAACCCAUCAUGUCCUACUCUUUCCAACCCAGCAUGUCCUACUCUUUCCAACCCAGCAUGUCCUACUCUUUCCAACCCAGCAUGUCCUACUCUUUCCAACCCAGCAUGUCCUACUCUUUCCAACCCAUCAUGUCCUACUCUUUCCAACCCAUCAUGUCCUACUCUUUCCAACCCAUCAUGUCCUACUCUUUCCAACCCAUCAUGUCCUACUCUUUCCAACCCAGCAUGUCCUACUCUUUCCAACCCAGCAUGUCCUACUCUUUCCAACCCAGCAUGUCCUACUCUUUCCAACCCAUCAUGUCCUACUCUUUCCAACCCAUCAUGUCCUACUCUUUCCAACCCAUCAUGUCCUACUCUUUCCAACCCAUCAUGUCCUACUCUUUCCAACCCAUCAUGUCCUACUCUUUCCAACCCAUCAUGUCCUACUCUUUCCAACCCAGCAUGUCCUACUCUUUCCAACCCAUCAUGUCCUACUCUUUCCAACCCAUCAUGUCCUACUCUUUCCAACCCAGCAUGUCCUACUCUUUCCAACCCAUCAUGUCCUACUCUUUCCAACCCAGCAUGUCCUACUCUUUCCAACCCAGCAUGUCCUACUCUUUCCAACCCAGCAUGUCCUACUCUUUCCAACCCAUCAUGUCCUACUCUUUCCAACCCAUCAUGUCCUACUCUUUCCAACCCAGCAUGUCCUACUCUUUCCAACCCAGCAUGUCCUACUCUUUCCAACCCAGCAUGUCCUACUCUUUCCAACCCAGCAUGUCCUACUCUUUCCAACCCAGCAUGUCCUACUCUUUCCAACCCAUCAUGUCCUACUCUUUCCAACCCAUCAUGUCCUACUCUUUCCAACCCAUCAUGUCCUACUCUUUCCAACCCAUCAUGUCCUACUCUUUCCAACCCAUCAUGUCCUACUCUUUCCAACCCAGCAUGUCCUACUCUUUCCAACCCAUCAUGUCCUACUCUUUCCAACCCAUCAUGUCCUACUCUUUCCAACCCAUCAUGUCCUACUCUUUCCAACCCAGCAUGUCCUACUCUUUCCAACCCAGCAUGUCCUACUCUUUCCAACCCAGCAUGUCCUACUCUUUCCAACCCAUCAUGUCCUACUCUUUCCAACCCAUCAUGUCCUACUCUUUCCAACCCAUCAUGUCCUACUCUUUCCAACCCAUCAUGUCCUACUCUUUCCAACCCAGCAUGUCCUACUCUUUCCAACCCAUCAUGUCCUACUCUUUCCAACCCAGCAUGUCCUACUCUUUCCAACCCAUCAUGUCCUACUCUUUCCAACCCAUCAUGUCCUACUCUUUCCAACCCAGCAUGUCCUACUCUUUCCAACCCAGCAUGUCCUACUCUUUCCAACCCAGCAUGUCCUACUCUUUCCAACCCAUCAUGUCCUACUCUUUCCAACCCAGCAUGUCCUACUCUUUCCAACCCAGCAUGUCCUACUCUUUCCAACCCAGCAUGUCCUACUCUUUCCAACCCAUCAUGUCCUACUCUUUCCAACCCAUCAUGUCCUACUCUUUCCAACCCAGCAUGUCCUACUCUUUCCAACCCAUCAUGUCCUACUCUUUCCAACCCAUCAUGUCCUACUCUUUCCAACCCAUCAUGUCCUACUCUUUCCAACCCAGCAUGUCCUACUCUUUCCAACCCAGCAUGUCCUACUCUUUCCAACCCAUCAUGUCCUACUCUUUCCAACCCAUCAUGUCCUACUCUUUCCAACCCAUCAUGUCCUACUCUUUCCAACCCAUCAUGUCCUACUCUUUCCAACCCAUCAUGUCCUACUCUUUCCAACCCAGCAUGUCCUACUCUUUCCAACCCAGCAUGUCCUACUCUUUCCAACCCAGCAUGUCCUACUCUUUCCAACCCAUCAUGUCCUACUCUUUCCAACCCAUCAUGUCCUACUCUUUCCAACCCAUCAUGUCCUACUCUUUCCAACCCAUCAUGUCCUACUCUUUCCAACCCAUCAUGUCCUACUCUUUCCAACCCAUCAUGUCCUACUCUUUCCAACCCAUCAUGUCCUACUCUUUCCAACCCAUCAUGUCCUACUCUUUCCAACCCAGCAUGUCCUACUCUUUCCAACCCAUCAUGUCCUACUCUUUCCAACCCAUCAUGUCCUACUCUUUCCAACCCAUCAUGUCCUACUCUUUCCAACCCAGCAUGUCCUACUCUUUCCAACCCAGCAUGUCCUACUCUUUCCAACCCAGCAUGUCCUACUCUUUCCAACCCAUCAUGUCCUACUCUUUCCAACCCAUCAUGUCCUACUCUUUCCAACCCAUCAUGUCCUACUCUUUCCAACCCAUCAUGUCCUACUCUUUCCAACCCAGCAUGUCCUACUCUUUCCAACCCAUCAUGUCCUACUCUUUCCAACCCAUCAUGUCCUACUCUUUCCAACCCAGCAUGUCCUACUCUUUCCAACCCAUCAUGUCCUACUCUUUCCAACCCAGCAUGUCCUACUCUUUCCAACCCAGCAUGUCCUACUCUUUCCAACCCAGCAUGUCCUACUCUUUCCAACCCAUCAUGUCCUACUCUUUCCAACCCAGCAUGUCCUACUCUUUCCAACCCAGCAUGUCCUACUCUUUCCAACCCAGCAUGUCCUACUCUUUCCAACCCAUCAUGUCCUACUCUUUCCAACCCAUCAUGUCCUACUCUUUCCAACCCAUCAUGUCCUACUCUUUCCAACCCAUCAUGUCCUACUCUUUCCAACCCAUCAUGUCCUACUCUUUCCAACCCAUCAUGUCCUACUCUUUCCAACCCAGCAUGUCCUACUCUUUCCAACCCAGCAUGUCCUACUCUUUCCAACCCAUCAUGUCCUACUCUUUCCAACCCAUCAUGUCCUACUCUUUCCAACCCAUCAUGUCCUACUCUUUCCAACCCAUCAUGUCCUACUCUUUCCAACCCAUCAUGUCCUACUCUUUCCAACCCAGCAUGUCCUACUCUUUCCAACCCAGCAUGUCCUACUCUUUCCAACCCAGCAUGUCCUACUCUUUCCAACCCAUCAUGUCCUACUCUUUCCAACCCAUCAUGUCCUACUCUUUCCAACCCAUCAUGUCCUACUCUUUCCAACCCAUCAUGUCCUACUCUUUCCAACCCAUCAUGUCCUACUCUUUCCAACCCAUCAUGUCCUACUCUUUCCAACCCAUCAUGUCCUACUCUUUCCAACCCAUCAUGUCCUACUCUUUCCAACCCAUCAUGUCCUACUCUUUCCAACCCAUCAUGUCCUACUCUUUCCAACCCAGCAUGUCCUACUCUUUCCAACCCAGCAUGUCCUACUCUUUCCAACCCAGCAUGUCCUACUCUUUCCAACCCAUCAUGUCCUACUCUUUCCAACCCAUCAUGUCCUACUCUUUCCAACCCAUCAUGUCCUACUCUUUCCAACCCAUCAUGUCCUACUCUUUCCAACCCAUCAUGUCCUACUCUUUCCAACCCAUCAUGUCCUACUCUUUCCAACCCAUCAUGUCCUACUCUUUCCAACCCAUCAUGUCCUACUCUUUCCAACCCAUCAUGUCCUACUCUUUCCAACCCAUCAUGUCCUACUCUUUCCAACCCAUCAUGUCCUACUCUUUCCAACCCAUCAUGUCCUACUCUUUCCAACCCAUCAUGUCCUACUCUUUCCAACCCAUCAUGUCCUACUCUUUCCAACCCAGCAUGUCCUACUCUUUCCAACCCAGCAUGUCCUACUCUUUCCAACCCAGCAUGUCCUACUCUUUCCAACCCAUCAUCAUGUCCUACUCUUUCCAACCCAUCAUGUCCUACUCUUUCCAACCCAUCAUGUCCUACUCUUUCCAACCCAUCAUGUCCUACUCUUUCCAACCCAUCAUGUCCUACUCUUUCCAACCCAGCAUGUCCUACUCUUUCCAACCCAUCAUGUCCUACUCUUUCCAACCCAUCAUGUCCUACUCUUUCCAACCCAUCAUGUCCUACUCUUUCCAACCCAGCAUGUCCUACUCUUUCCAACCCAGCAUGUCCUACUCUUUCCAACCCAUCAUGUCCUACUCUUUCCAACCCAUCAUGUCCUACUCUUUCCAACCCAUCAUGUCCUACUCUUUCCAACCCAGCAUGUCCUACUCUUUCCAACCCAUCAUGUCCUACUCUUUCCAACCCAUCAUGUCCUACUCUUUCCAACCCAGCAUGUCCUACUCUUUCCAACCCAUCAUGUCCUACUCUUUCCAACCCAUCAUGUCCUACUCUUUCCAACCCAUCAUGUCCUACUCUUUCCAACCCAUCAUGUCCUACUCUUUCCAACCCAUCAUGUCCUACUCUUUCCAACCCAUCAUGUCCUACUCUUUCCAACCCAGCAUGUCCUACUCUUUCCAACCCAGCAUGUCCUACUCUUUCCAACCCAGCAUGUCCUACUCUUUCCAACCCAUCAUGUCCUACUCUUUCCAACCCAGCAUGUCCUACUCUUUCCAACCCAUCAUGUCCUACUCUUUCCAACCCAUCAUGUCCUACUCUUUCCAACCCAUCAUGUCCUACUCUUUCCAACCCAUCAUGUCCUACUCUUUCCAACCCAUCAUGUCCUACUCUUUCCAACCCAUCAUGUCCUACUCUUUCCAACCCAUCAUGUCCUACUCUUUCCAACCCAUCAUGUCCUACUCUUUCCAACCCAUCAUGUCCUACUCUUUCCAACCCAUCAUGUCCUACUCUUUCCAACCCAUCAUGUCCUACUCUUUCCAACCCAGCAUGUCCUACUCUUUCCAACCCAUCAUGUCCUACUCUUUCCAACCCAUCAUGUCCUACUCUUUCCAACCCAUCAUGUCCUACUCUUUCCAACCCAUCAUGUCCUACUCUUUCCAACCCAUCAUGUCCUACUCUUUCCAACCCAUCAUGUCCUACUCUUUCCAACCCAUCAUGUCCUACUCUUUCCAACCCAUCAUGUCCUACUCUUUCCAACCCAUCAUGUCCUACUCUUUCCAACCCAUCAUGUCCUACUCUUUCCAACCCAUCAUGUCCUACUCUUUCCAACCCAUCAU